AUGGACGACAAGCGCAAGCAUCACAAGAAAAAAAAGGUGGGGAAAAAGGCCAAGAAGAAAAAAAUAAGCAAGGGAGCAAAUCGAGGCGGCAAGAACAAUGAAGUGAAGAAAUUUCAUAAGGCCUUCGCCUUCAGUGGAGGCAUCCGGAGUGCGCACCGCAGAAAGCAGCACCAAUUCGAGUUAGAAGAAAAAAAAUUAAGAGCCCCACAGAAUUUUAAAGAGUGCAGCAAGAGUAGCCCACUCAUAGUAGCUAUACAAGGUCCCAAGGGGGUGGGUAAAACCACUCUUUUAAAAAGCCUCAUUAAGCACUACGUUGGAGUUUCCAUGAAUGAAGUGAAAGGACCUGUAUCAAUUAUCACCAAGGCGUUGAAGAGGUACACCUUCGUAGAAGUAAGCGAUGACAUUCUAAGCAUGAUUGAUGUCGCUAAAAUUGCAGACCUGUGUCUGCUUGUUAUAGAUGGGAGCUAUGGACUUGAAUUGGAGACCCUUGAAUUUGUGAGCAUUUUAAAAACCCAUGGGUUACCUAAAGUCAUAGGGGUGGUUACUCACCUGGACAAAUUUAAGGACAGCAAAAGUAUACGGAAGAGAAAAAAAAAAUUGAGUAAAAGAUUUACAGAAGAGAUGGCGGAGGGUGCAAGAAUAUUUUUCUUCAGUGGAAUUCAAAAUGGCAAAUAUAAUAAAACGGAGGUUCGUAACUUUUGUAAAUUCGUUUCUUCUAUUAAGAGACCACACAUCUCGUGGAGGGAACAGCACGGUUAUAUUUUGGGGCUGCGCUUAGAUGUGGAUGAGGAUGCAGUGGGAGAGGUUGCAGUGGGAGAUGUUGCAGCCGAAGAAGACAAGCGAAUUGACUCCUUCUUCUCCAAUUGUGAUGAGAAAGUGUGUGUUCACGUGGAAGGGUUCGUGUAUGGGUCCAAAAUUUUUAAAAGUCAAGUUAUGCACAUUCCUAAUAUUGGCGAUGUGGAAAUACGGGAUAUUCAAAUCCUUCAAGAUCCUUUCCUCACAGAUGAACAGAAGAAGAAUGCAAAUGUGUAUGCCCCCAUGGCUGAUGUGGGUAACGUGGCCUUCGAUUUUGAUAAUAUGUUUAUACAUAUACCUAAAAGCAAGGUGAACUUCACUCCGGGGGAGGCCCUCCUUGUCGGUGAUCAAGGGAAUAAUGGGGAACAAAGCGGGGGAGAACAGAGUGAUGGGGGGAGUGACGAACGAAGUGAUGGAGGAAGUAGUGAGGGAAGUGCCCGUGGGGGGGAGGAUCCCUCUGCCAAGCGGGACGACGAGAGGUACAUGACGGAAGGCAUACGCAUGAUUCGGGCUCUGCAGACGUCCAAGUACGCGCUCUGCAAUAAUGCGGGCGCGGAGGACGAGCCGUUGCUGUUUGACAGCCAGAAGGAGGGCCAAAAGGAGGGCCAGCGGAGGAAGGCCCCCUCCAACGUUUACGUGAGCGAACGACAAAAGAAGAAGAAGCAGGCAGACAAGUACGUCAACGAGAAGGUUAAGGAGUACACGGAACUGGAGCCGAUUUUGUUUGGCAAGAGGGACGCGGAGGACGACUACCACUAUGCGCAUGAGGUGACCGUUUCGGCCAGCGGGGAGGAAGACGACGCAGAUGGUGAUGAUGGUGAUGAGGUGGACGAAGAAGAUGAUGAAGAGGAGGAUGAAGAAGACGAGGAGGGGGAAGAAGAAGAGGACGCAGCAGAAGAAGAGGAGGAGGAAGACGACGAGGAGGAGGAGGACGAAGACAACGAGGAGGAUGAUGAUGGGCAAGAUGAGGAAGAGCAGGAUGACGAUGGGGAGGGUAAUAUCAAUGGCGAAGAUGACGAGGAGGAGGAAGACGAUGGGGAGGGUAAUAUCAAUGGCGAAGAUGACGAGGAGGAGGACGACCUGUCCGCUAACGACGGGGAGCCCCAGGUGGCGCAGCAGCUCGCGUUCGACAAUAAGGCCAGACUGGACGCGUUCAUUUAUGACGCGCGCUACAUCCACAGGAAGAACAACCACCUGUACUUCAAGGGGGACAUCCUGGUGGUGAUGCGGCGAGAGAAGAAGAGGUUGCAUGGGGAACAAGACUUCCAUAGUCUCCUGAGUACAGAGGCGGUGAAGGAAGAGAAGACACAGCAAUUGUACAGUUACAUGCAUGAGACGAACUACUUCCUAGACGAGGUGGACUCCUUCAAGUGGAUGAGAGACGAGGUGUUCGUCUUUAACAACUUAACUGUGUCGCUGGGUGACGUCGCGGACGAGGCCCUGGCGGACCACUUCUUCUCGCGAUAUGGGAGCCUCUACGAGGGGUGUUUUGGUCCGACCGACGGUACAGGGAGUGGUGAAGAGGAGGGGAUGGUCAGUGAGGAUGAGGAAAAGGAGCCGGGCGAUAACUCCGUUAAGAAGCAUGACAGGAUGGGUGACAGGAUGGAUGACGCUGGGGAUGAGGGCGACACGGGGAUGAUGGACGAAGGGGAGGGGAAGGCCUCGCUCAAAAAGGCAAAAGCAGAAAGGGAACAACAAAAGGAAAGGUACCAAGAGACGGAGGGAAUUGGUGUGUUAAACAAGAACACCUAUGGAUCUUGCGUCAACAUCGGGGAGUAUAUAAAAGUGGUGUUCAAAAUAGAAAAAAAAAAAUUAGCAGUGAUGAAAAAUGGCAUUAUAAUAUGUGGAGGGUUGCAGACAUAUGAAGAGAAGGAGUCCAUGAUUCAUUGUCGUGUAAAGAAGCAUCGGUGGUUUCCAAAAGUGUUAAGGUCAAACGACCCGUUGAUAAUCUCCAUAGGGUGGAGGAGGUACCAGAGCAUCCCCAUUUAUUCAAUCAACGAAAGAAAUAAUGUAAGAAUAAGAUUUUUAAAAUACACAACGGAGCACAUGCAUUGUAAUUGUACCUUUUAUGGACCAGUGGCAGGAGCCAACAAUGGUAUUUUGGCCAUCUGCAACUACAACAAAGUACCUUACUACCGCGUCUGCUUAAAUGGAGUGACGUUAGAAACAAACACAAAUGUUAAAAUAAUGAAAAAGUUGAAGCUGAUUGGAGAACCAUAUAAAAUAUUUAAGAAUACGGCAUUUGUAAAAAAUAUGUUUAAUUCAGAUUUGGAAGUAAGCAAAUUUAUUAAUUGUCCUGUGGUGACUCCAAGUGGGAUUAAAGGAUUAAUAAAAAGUAAAGUGGCUGAAAAUGGAAAUUGCAGAUGUACCUUCGCCGAUAAAAUUCGUAUCAGUGAUAUUGUAAUUUUGAAAUUGUAUGUAAAUGUAAAAAUAAAAAAAUUCUUUACUUAUGACGUGGAAAAUAAACUAAGGUCCAUAAAUGAGUUAAGGUACAUUUACAACAUAUACGUUAACCACAAGAGCAACUACAGGAGUGUCCCCUUUCGUCAUUUUUACCAUUCUAAAAUACAUAUAAAUCCCAAGCUGCUAAAAGAACUGCCUUACAAAUCGAAGCCCAAGUUGUUCAGCAAAAUGAGCAAUGAGGAAGAGUUAAAGAAAAAAAAAGAAAUGAAAGAAGAUCAAAUUAAUUUCCGGGCAUUGGAAAAUCCAAAAUUAGCUUCUCGAUGGUACCAAAUGCUACACACCAUUAAAAAAAAUAUUGUGGACAAGAAAAAGGAAAAGGCAAAAUUGUCUUACCAUAACAAGUUAAAGAAGACCCUCAUGGUGGAGGAGGCUAAGCACAAGGUCGUCAAGCAGCGGAAGAAAAUGUCCUACCGCAAGGGCAAGGGCCGCGUGCACCCUUGA